AUGGAAACGUUGGAGGACAAUUUGCCACAAGACCGAAGGGAGCUAGCGUUUAACGUACUUCAGGAGAAAUCUCUACAUCAAAAGUAUGGCAAAGAGCAAGCAAAAAUUCCCACUUCGACCAAAGACAUUUUAAGACUGAGUCAAGCCACCAAGGAAAAGGUACAUAGGAACGUAGUACAUACGAACGUAGUUACGGACGUAGAUACGGACGUAGAUACGGACGCAGAUACGGACGUAGAUACGGACGUAGAUACGGACGUAGAUACGGACGUAGAUACGGACGCAGAUACGGACGUAGUUACGGACGCAGAUACGGACGUAGAUACGGACGCAGAUACGGACGUAGAUACGGACGCAGAUACGGACGUAGAUACGGACGCAGAUACGGACGUAGAUACGGACGCAGAUACGGACGUAGAUACGGACGCAGAUACGGACGUAGAUACGGACGUAGAUACGGACGCAGAUACGGACGUAGAUACGGACGUAGAUACGGACGCAGAUACGGACGUAGAUACGGACGUAGAUACGGACGCAGAUACGGACGUAGAUGCGGACGCAGAGACGGACGUAGAUACGGACGCAGAUACGGACGCAUAUACGGACGUAGAUACGGACGCAGAUACGGACGGAGAUACGGACGUAGAUACGGACGCAGAUACGGACGUAGAUACGGACGUAGACACGGACGUAGAUACGGACGCAGAUACGGACGUUGAUACGGACGUAGAUACGGACGUAGAUACGGACGAAGAUACGGACGCAGAUACGGACGUAGAUACGGACGCAGAUACGGACGUAGAUACGGACGUAGACACGGACGUAGAUACGGACGUAGAUACGGACGCAGAUACGGACGCAGAUACGGACGCAGAUACGGACGUAGAUACGGACGUAGAUACGGACGCAGAUACGGACGUAGAUACGGACGCAGAUACGGACGUAGAUGCGGACGCAGAUACGGACGUAGAUACGGACGCAGAGACGGACGUAGAUACGGACGCAGAUACGGACGUAGAUACGGACGCAGAUACGGACGCAGAUACGGACGUAGAUGCGGACGCAGAUACGGACGUAGAUACGGACGCAGAUACGGACGUAGACACGGACGUAGAUACGGGCGCAGAUACGGACGUAGAUACGGACGUAGAUACGGACGCAGAUACGGACGUAGAUACGGACGCAUAUACGGACGUAGAUACGGACGUAGAUACGGACGCAGAUACGGACGGAGAUACGGACGUAGAUACGGACGCAGAUACGGACGUAGAUACGGACGUAGACACGGACGUAGAUACGGACGCAGAUACGGACGUUGAUACGGACGUAGAUACGGACGAAGAUACGGACGCAGAUACGGACGUAGAUACGGACGCAGAUACGGACGUAGAUACGGACGUAGACACGGACGUAGAUACGGACGUAGAUACGGACGCAGAUACGGACGCAGAUACGGACGCAGAUACGGACGUAGAUACGGACGUAGAUACGGACGCAGAUACGGACGUAGAUACGGACGCAGAUACGGACGUAGAUACGGACGCAGAUACGGACGUAGAUGCGGACGCAGAGACGGACGUAGAUACGGACGCAGAUACGGACGUAGAUACGGACGUAGAUACGGACGCAGAUACGGACGUAGAUACGGACGCAGAUACGGACGUAGAUACGGACGUAGAUACGGACGUAGAUACGGACGCAGAUACGGACGUAGAUACGGACGCAGAUACGGACGUAGAUACGGACGCAGAUACGGACGUAGUUACGGACGCAGAUACGGACGUAGAUACGGACGCAGAUACGGACGUAGAUACGGACGCAGAUACGGACGUAGAUACGGACGCAGAUACGGACGCAGAUACGGACGUAGAUACGGACGCAGAUACGGACGUAGAUACGGACGCAGAUACGGACGUAGAUACGGACGCAUAUACGGACGUAGAUACGGACGUAGAUACGGACGCAGAUACGGACGGAGAUACGGACGUAGAUACGGACGCAGAUACGGACGUAGAUACGGACGUAGACACGGACGUAGAUACGGACGCAGAUACGGACGCAGAUACGGACGUUGAUACGGACGUAGAUACGGACGUAGAUACGGACGAAGAUACGGACGCAGAUACGGACGUAGAUACGGACGCAGAUACGGACGUAGAUACGGACGUAGACACGGACGUAGAUACGGACGCAGAUACGGACGUAGAUGCGGACGCAGAUACGGACGUAGAUACGGACGCAGAUACGGACGUAGAUACGGACGUAGAUACGAACGCAGAUACGGACGUAGAUACGGACGCAGAUACGGACGUAGACACGGACGUAGAUACGGACGCAGAUACGGACGUAGAUACGGACGCAGAUACGGACGUAGACACGGACGUAGAUACGGACGCAGAUACGGACGUAGAUACGGACGCAGAUACGGACGUAGAUACGGACGCAGAUACGGACGUAGAUACGGACGCAUAUACGGACGUAGAUACGGACGUAGAUACGGACGCAGAUACGGACGGAGAUACGGACGUAGAUACGGACGCAGAUACGGACGUAGAUACGGACGUAGACACGGACGUAGAUACGGACGCAGAUACGGACGCAGAUACGGACGUUGAUACGGACGUAGGUACGGACGCAGAUACGGACGUAGAUGCGGACGCAGAGACGGACGUAGAUACGGACGCAGAUACGGACGUAGGUACGGACGCAGAUACGGACGUAGAUGCGGACGCAGAGACGGACGUAGAUACGGACGCAGAUACGGACGUAGAUACGGACGCAGAUACGGACGUAGAUACGGACGUAGAUACGGACGCAGAUACGGACGUAGAUACGGACGUAGAUACGGACGCAGAUACGGACGUAGAUACGGACGCAGAUACGGACGUAGAUACGAACGCAGAUACGGACGUAGAUACGGACGCAGAUACGGACGUAGACACGGACGUAGAUACGGACGCAGAUACGGACGCAGAUACGGACGUAGAUACGGACGCAGAUACGGACGUAGACACGGACGUAGAUACGGGCGCAGAUACGGACGUAGAUACGGACGCAGAUACGGACGGAGAUACGGACGUAGAUACGGACGCAGAUACGGACGUAGAUACGGACGUAGACACGGACGUAGAUACGGACGCAGAUACGGACGUUGAUACGGACGUAGAUACGGACGUAGAUACGGACGAAGAUACGGACGCAGAUACGGACGUAGAUACGGACGUAGAUACGGACGUAGACACGGACGUAGAUACGGACGUAGAUACGGACGCAGAUACGGACGUAGAUACGGACGUUGAUACGGACGCAGAUACGGACGUAGAUACGGACGCAGAUACGGACGUAGAUACGGACGCAGAUACGGACGUAGAUGCGGACGCAGAGACGGACGUAGAUACGGACGUAGAUACGGACGCAGAUAAGGACGUAGAUACGGACGCAGAUACGGACGUAGAUACGGACGCAGAUACGGACGCAGAUACGGACGUAGAUACGGACGCAGAUACGGACGUAGAUACGGACGCAGAUACGGACGUAGACACGGACGUAGAUACGGGCGCAGAUACGGACGUAGAUACGGACGCAGAUACGGACGCAGAUACGGACGCAGAUACGGACGUAGAUACGGACGCAGAUACGGACGUAGACACGGACGUAGAUACGGGCGCAGAUACGGACGUAGAUACGGACGUAGAUACGGACGCAGAUACGAACGUAGAUACAUACGCACGCUGA